AAUCGAAACUUAACUCUGGGUUUAAACGCAGUGAUGGUGUGAACGUAAACACAGUCAACCAGGAGCUCAGGAGGAAAGGAGGAGAAGAGGACUGAGCUAGAUCACCAAACAGCAGGCAGCAUGAAAACUCUCUCACCUCUGCAAUGGUUCUCUGUAGAUCUCCUCUGUUUCCUGGUUGGGAGUUUAGCUGACUCCUCUUCCCUCCCCUCAUCCACCCUGCCCCAGUCCAUCACCCAUAAGGUGGGAGAGCAGGCGGUCCUUCCCUGCAGCUGGAAGUCUCGUCUGGGUGAGGUGGACCUGCCCAGCUGCCACAUCCAGUGGAAGAACCCGUUGAAGACCGUGUUCGAGAAGCGUGGGGAGAGCAAGUAUGAGGCGAUGGCGUUUAAAGGCCGGGUGGAGGUUCCGGAGGAGAGGCUGGGGUCCGGGGACUGCUCCCUGAUCAUCAGGGACGUUCAGAUCAUGGACACGGGGAGAUACGAGAGCUUCAUGGUGGUGGACGGGGCGUGGUCGUCCAAACGCAGGGUCUUCAUUCAGAGCGUCAGGCUGUUAGUGAGCGAUCACAGGGACCUUCGGUUUCAUGCCCCAGGUGAGGACUUUGUUCUGGAUCUCUACACCAACCACUCACAGAGAGUCAUCUUCCAGGCUAGGAACAGCUCAGAAUGGACAGACCUGUGGAUGAGGGGGGAUAAAGACAGCGAGCGUUUGGACAAACAUCCACUGAUGGAGCAGCUGACCAUAAGGAAUUUAAAGUACUCAGACGAAGGCCUGUACAAAGUAGUGGACGACCACGGCCUCGCCAUCAGCACCAUGCAGCUCUUUGUGAAAGAAGGCUCCAUCUCUUACAGAAAACAACAGACACAAGAAAAUCAAGAACCAACAGAUGGCGCUCCUAAAGUCAGUUCGUCCUCUCUUCUCCUUUUCUCUGCUCUUGUCACGAUUUUACACAUUCUUUAUUUCUCCUGAAGAAAAACAUGUAAUCUGCAAAGAAAGAUGAACCAAGAAUUUUGUACACCAACAUGCAUAUAGACAAUACGGUCCUACCAUCCUGUAUCAGCUCUGAGCUUUGACUACACUUUCAUCCCAGCCGGGUGAACUGUGUUUGGUUUGAUGUAAGGUAAGGACAGAGGGAAGACCUGUAUGAAAAAUGUCUACCAAUAUUAAAGAGAUUCUGUUUUAUUAAAGCUUUUUACAGAAAACUGGGGCAAAAACACAGAAAAGGUUUUGGUGAACUUCUGCUAGUUUUUUUUUCAGCCGGCAGCCACAGAUGGGGAUUUCAACCACUAAGACCACAUUUACGCAGUGAUUUCACCUGAAAAUAGAAACCUUUGGCUGCAUUUGGGCUGUUUGUUUCCAUAGCAACAACAUUCCAGCUGCCUGAAAGUUGGACAUUUUGGAAGUAGAGUGCAAACAUUUUGGAAAAAGAGUGCUGAGGUUUCCUGUAAAACUCAGUCUAGACUGCUCUCAAAUUUUCUAUAAAUUACAUCCAAAAGUUUUCUAUUACAUUGUAAAACAGCAGGCUGAAUCUAGGCUGAAUGGGAAAGUUCAGCAAAAAUAGUUUUAUUUUUUUCAUCCUUUGAAUAAAAAUAAAACUUUAUUUGCAUCUGCGAUAUUUUUCACUAAUAUUGAUGAAUGAGUCAGAAUGAGACUGCCAUUGUUGGCUGGGUGCUAACUGUAACAGAUCUUUUAUAUUAUCAUAUAGAAAUGCACUUUGAGUUUCCUACUUUUGUUCCUACAGCAGAGAGAUUAUUUCUGUCUUUUACACUGUCUUUACUCCAUGUAAAACCAGCAGCUCUAAGCAGCGUGAUCUGAUAGGAAAGUGACUGCUGUUUGUGCUGAACACCUGUAUGAAGCCUUAGAUGGACACGUAGAUACCACCACUGUUACCAGGAGCACCUACACAGCCACCAUCUUGAAGGGGGGUAGGCAUGAAUGAUAAUAAAUGUUGGUGUAGGAAGAUGGGAGGUUUAUUUAUGAUUAAAAUAUUCAUAAGUCACUGAUAUGUAAAUAGAUUUUUAAGCUGUUUUUUUGACUAACAAAAGAUGUGUUUUCAUAAUCCAGGAUACUUGAUUGAAUAAAAAUGUGAGUUUUUCA